AUGCAAGGACAAUUUAUUAAAGAACCAACUUUUAUUAAAACAGAAAAAACUUGGAAAGAACCUAAGAAAGAUUUUAGAACAGUUAGGAAUCAACAAGUUUAUCAACAAGGAAUUUUAUUAGCUUUAUUAAAUCAAUAUUUUGAUAUAGAAAUAAGAAAACCAUUAAAAAAAGCUCAUUCAUUUGAACAAUUAAUAAGAAUUCAUAGACUAAUUAUUGGUUCAGAAAGUAUUGAUGUAGAAAAAUUUUGUGAUCAUAGAUGUAAAGAAAAGUUUCAAAAGGAUCUUUGUAAAGGAAUUAAUGAAAAAACAGCAAAAAGGAGAUUAGAAAAUAUUAGAAUUGUUGAAAUGGUUUUCUUAUUAAUGGAUAUUUUAAUGGAAUUUGGAUACCUUUUUGAUACUUCUUGUACUAAAGGAAAGAAAGGAACUGUUAAGUAUGAACGAAUCCAAAAUAUCUUUUAUAAUGGUAAAAAGAUUUAUGACUAUAAUCAUUUUAUUUCUAUUGGAAAAUCUGUUAACUCUUAUUUGUUAUUAUCUUUAUCUAACCAAGAUUCAUUUUAUUGGAAAAGAGGAACUGGUUGUUCAGAGAUCUCUUGA